UGGUCAAACCGCAGUGUGAAUUGUUUCGCCCGUUCUGGCUUUCCGUCAUGUGAGGAUCAAACAAGAUGCUUAACAUUCUAUCCACUGAAAUAGGAAUUAGAUCGGGGCGACAGAUAGGAAGGUUUAGCCACUGAACGCGAGAUUUUUCGGGUGACAGAAGAAAAAUUCGCUCGCGCCCAGGAAAUUUGACCGCUACUUCUUGUUCUCAAGUUUUAGUAAGGAUGGAUAAUUCGUCAAGAACUAACGGACCGCAAGUGUGUUCUACAGAAGUCGGAGAAAAUGAGAUUGACUACAGACAAAGAUGUAAAUAUCUGGAAAACCAACUGGAAAAAUUUCGCGAGCAGGCGACGAAAGUUCGCGAAGUCAUUGGGCAAAAGUUAAAAGGUAUGGAAGAACAGGCGGCAACUGCUUAUGCAAAAGCGUCGGAAUCUGCCCAAGAGGUCCAGCAUUUGGAGACAUUGGUUUCGGCAAAAGAAGAAACAGUUGCACAGCUACAAGCAGAACUGGAAAAUGAGAAACAAAAGCGGCUCAUCCGUGAAAGAGAAGUGGAAGAAAAAGCUGCUCGUAUAAAGAGCUGGAUGCAUAAGAAGAUUUCAGAGUAUGAGGAAAAAUUAGGAGAACUGAAUAAAGAGAAUGAACAUUUAAAGACAUCCCACAAGCAAGCCAUGGAUAUGGUCAAGGAAAUUGAGGAAAAGCUCAGAUUUUCCCAAGAUCAAGUGAUGAGAUUAUCCCACGAACUUGCAGACAUCCAGUCACAGUCUGGUGAUUAUUAUGAGCUAGAACCUGACGCCAAUCAAGAAGAAUCUGGUUUUCGAUCAUUUCUAACUGAGGAUACUGUUGGGAAUCAGUCGCCAGUAACUUCAAUAAGCUCACAAUGUACCACACCGACACCUAUGUCACCAGAUGAACUUGUAAAAACACCAACUAAUGAUGAUAAUGAUGAUACUAGCACUUUCAUAUCGGAUCAAUCUGCCGAAAUUAAAAUUAAGAGAACUUCAAGCGGAAAAUCUCCAUCGAAAAUUCCUCGAUUUAUUGGGACUUCAGAGGAUCAAAGAGCUGCUCAGAUAUCAUAUUAUAUGUCACUCAAAAGAGGAAUGAGGAGUCCAGGAGGUUCUCAAGCAAAAUUCUUUAUACAAAUACAAGACUCACAUAAUCCCUACAUGCAAUUAACUCCAUUAGAGAGAAUGUCACAGAGGAAACAAUUUGAUAGUCAGUCAACAAUAGAUUCAGAAAUAGACGACAGUGUCUUUGAAACUUAUCUACAACCUGUUGAACCUGGUAAUCAUGGAGAAGAAUUUCAUGCAAGGCUUGGUGAAUUAGUGACUCUACAAUUGGAGAGUGGAAGUUUAACUCCAAGUGUUGCACAAAAUGAACAAGAUUCUUUGUCAGGAAGUAGGUCAUCUGUUGGUUCCCUCACAGAGGAUGCCACCUCUACUGAUCCAAUUUAUCAAACUCUUGAACCAGAGCUAGACUCUGUGAGAACUGACACAGAUUCAGCUGUGACUAGAAAACCCUCAGUAAAUAAUGGUUUUCCUCUGUCUCCCCUUCCUCCACCUGUUCCUCCGCGCUUUGAAUUAGAAAGUGUUGUUCCUCCCCCUGUUCCACCUGUGCCAAGAACAAACAAAGAAGAGCAACUGCAAGAUGUGACUAGAUUGGAGGGAAAGUUUACCAGUUACUUAUCAGAAACAGACCUACAAAAUGGCAAUGCUCCUGAGGGUAAUAAAGUGGAUGUUCCUGCAGCUUUGUUGCAAUCAAACAGAACUGAUUCUUGGAUGUGGAAUGAUAACUCAGCUGGUUCAGAUACACCACCAUUUGGGACACUGGAGACGCGAAGUAAAAACCUCAACAUGUUAGCGGAACAAAGCUGUCCUGUGUAUACAACACUGAAAGGGAGAGCUUCUCAGAUCCGAAACACACCUUUUUCUGGAGAAUCAACAGACUCCUCUGACAAUGAAAGCUCUGCAGGAGACUACUGCACUCCACCAGAUGAAGUGGCAGCAACAGAAGAACACCACAACAUGAAACAGAACACAGAUGAGCUUCUUGAAGAAACUACACGUGUUUUGAAAACCUGUGCCACUUACACAACUGUCAGCUUGAAAAAGGAAAAUCAAGGAAAGGCAGGAUACCUUACUAAACUGGGAGGCCGUGUGAAGAACUGGAAGAAAAGAUGGUUUGUCCUUGAUGAUGGAAAUCUUUGCUACUACAAAACAGAGAAUGAUGUCAACAGGAAACCUUUGGGUAAAAUUCCAUUGGAUGGAAGCUGCAGAAUUGCACGGACUGAUGGUGCCCUGACAAUUGAAGUUGCCACACCUAAAAGGACUUUUUACUUGACUGGAGAGACAACAGAGGUUGUGGACAGCUGGCUCAGAGUUCUUCAUAAUGUUAUGAGGAAGUUUUCAAGUACUCCAUUGUUUGCCCAAGUGAAGGAAAAAGAAAUAAUGAAAGGAUGGAUCACAAAGGUGAAGCAUGGCUCUUCGAAAAAGUGUUGGAGUGUUCUUCGUGGUCAAUAUCUUUGUUACUAUAAGAGUGAAGAUGACGCUGUGCCUUUUAGCAUGACCCACAUGAUUGACGUGGUGGUUGAAGAGUUGGAAUCACCCGACUCAGAGAACGGGAGCGUAAGCGAUGCAGUACCGUAUCGUCACUUCACAUUGGUGAUGAAGUCUCUUAAACAACCUUCCACCACAUUCCUGUUGAUUGAUUCGAUUGAAGAAAAGGAUUCAUGGCUGUUCCAUCUAAAAGUGGCAUCUGGUAGUGGUAUUGAUGACAUGGGAACGGAAUUUGAAAAAAGCAUAUACCAGCUCAUUGUUGAGGAUUGUGAUCCAGAAAGUGAGAUAUGGAACAGCUAUGUGUUGACGCACAGUAAAGAGCCAAUCAUUGAACCACUCACAACUCUGCCAUCCAAGGAGUUAGGAGCUGAAGCUUUGAAACUCUUUAAGUCUAUCCACUUGUUCACUACGGUACAGACACAGGAAGCAGCCAUUGACUAUCACGUGUCACUAGCCCAGAAUGCCUUGCAGACUUGUCUUGAUAACCCAGAACUUCAGAACGAGAUUUAUUGUCAGCUGAUCAAACAAACAUCGAAACACGUGCACAGAGGACCUGAAGAUCUUGGGCACUUCUUGGAACAUUGUGGCAAGUCUUCAUGGCUCAGGGAGGAGUCAUUUGACAUCGCCUCACAAGCAACCAUCGACUUGCGUCCAGUGCAAGAGUUCGUUUACAUCCAAGCGUGGCAACUCUUAUCGCUAUGUACAGCUCUUUUUGUCCCUAAACAGAAGUUCCUUCUCUUCCUCAAGGGACAUUUGAAUCGGACGUCCACUUUUAAAACAAAACUUGGAAAAUACGCAACUUACUGUAUCCGGAGCUUAGAGAGAAGUUUGCGAAACGGGAAACGAGAAGCCAGACCGUCGAGACUGGAGGUUCUCUCAAUCUUGCUGCGGAAACCUUAUGAUCACUCAUGUCUGAUGAGCAUUCCAGUGCACUUUAUCGAUGGAUCUAGUCAAGUAUUUGGUUUUGAUGGUUCCACUACCAUUCAAGAGUUUUCGGAGACAAUUAACAGAAUGGUCGGUAUUCGCUCGUCCUCGGAAAGUGGAUAUGCACUCUUCACGGAUAAUCCUUUUAACUUAGUAGAGCAUUGUUUACAAGCCAAAGUCAAGCUUUGUGACGUGAUUUCGAAAUGGGAACAAGCGUUACGAAGUCAAAGCCAAGGGAAACUGGACACUAAUAGGAUGAUCAAACUCACCUACAAGAACAGGUUACAUUUCAAGAGCCUCAGCAGCGGAGAAACAGACAAAGAAAAGUACUUCCUUGUACUCCAGACAAAUGAUAGUAUUGUUAAGGGCCGAUUUCCUGUCAGCAAGGAGAUGGCUUUGGAAUUUGCAGCGCUUAUGGCCCAGAUCUCUUAUGGUGACUAUAGAGCACAGAGCAAUUCACUGCCGAGCAAGAGAAUCGAGAUUGUUAUCACCAAGUUUUGUGUUAAAACGCUGCGGGAAGACACAGGAAAAAGGGCACUCACACUGCGCAUGGCCGAAAAAUGGUCGACGCUGCACGGUUGGAGCGUGAAAGAGUGCGUGGACAAAUAUCUCGAGAAUGCAAGGCGAUGGCCGUUUUUCGGAUGCAGGCUCUUCCAAGCACAGCAAAAAAAUACGGUUUCCGCUGCAAAAAAACGCGCUGCGCCUGUAGACAAUACCCAGCCAGUGUGGCUGGCAGUGGAAGAGGACAGUAUUAAUCUUCUGGAAGGAAACAGCUUGCGCUUGAUGUGCCGCUAUAGAUACAAGCACGUAGUAACAUUUGGUGGGUGGAAAGAGGACUUCAUGUUAGUUGUGAACCAGUCUAUCAUGCGUGGCGGAAACACAGUUGAGCAGGGUACCCAGAGGUUGCUGUUUGUCAUGCCUAGAGCAAAGAUUUUGGAAAUCACCUUGCUUAUGGCGAGUUACAUCAAUGCCAUAGUCAGACAAAAAGGUAUCACAUGUGAUGCCCCAAGUAGAGCAUCUGCCACUGGACAGGCAGUGGACGUCAAAGUCUGGGACCUAGAGAGUGCCGAGUGGCCAAUGGUUCCAGGCUCCACCGUUGGACUAUUAUGAUGUCACUAUCCAUAACACUCGUGUAGUUUUUGUUUAGUAAGUGUAUAUAUCAGAUGUUGGCUUGUAAAUACUCUUUAAUUUUGAUUGCGUAUAUGUGCCGAAAACAGAAAAGUUGACUAAAAUAGUACUUUAAAAUAAUAACAAUAAUAGUAAUAAUAAUAAUAAUGGUUUAUUAGCAUAUCCAUCGGAGGGGUGGCUCUUCCAUGCUAUAAACUAACUACAAACUCACUAAAAACUCGCUACAAAAUUCAAUCUCCUUCGUAAACUAAAAAGAGUAAGAGGUGAAACUUACCUUGUAAAUCGUCGAUUCGUGUUAAUAACCCCCUGUGGCUUUUGUGACUAGUGGUGUUGAACAGAUUCACUAGGGCGGAUUGUUCGUCAAUGUAACAGUGUUCACUCCAUAAUAAAAGUUUUUACUUUUCUUCCGUCGUUGAUGCGUCGGUUUAGUUAGUUAUACAUUUCGUAGAUAAAUUAAAAAGGAAAAAAGAUGAAGUUUACUUGUCCUGUACGGACCGUAGGAAUGUUUAUAAUUGUUGGAGCCAAGCUCAGUGUAUAUAUUCGUCAAACGUGUUGAUGUUAACAGUUAUUCCAUGAGCAGGCGGUGGAUAUGAGAUGGUGGAUGUUAAAAUGUGUGCCUUGUUGGCCCCAACUGUCUUUUAUUCAACGACUGGAAAUGAAAUAACUGAAAUAACUAAAAAAGGCAAAAGAAGUAUCUCAAAAUCUUGUAUCUCGAAAGGGGCCCAUGGUAUAUUAGCUCAGAUACCAUGCUAUGUUAACCAAUUAAAACUCAGGAAUUGAAAUAUUCCAUGGCUGUAACUCAUUUGAAUUGUUGUCAUCAAAUGGCAAGGCCAAGUAACAGAAUAUGCUUAUUUCUUUGAAGUUUUGUUUUUAGGUGUUUGUUUUCGUUCAUUUAAAAGGAAGCUACCAACAAACUGAUGUACAAUUCUUUGCUUAAUUGUUUGUAGAGCUACACAACUUUUCUGAAAGAAUAAAAUAUGGUAAAGAAGCGCGCUGUUUUCAUUGGAAAUUACUUGUAACGUCUGGCUUAAUCGAGAGAAAGAAUAUAUAAUAUGAGUGUCGUUAGUUGAUAUUAGUUUUACAAUUUCCAUUUGAGAAAAAGAGCUAAUAAAAGCCUAUUAUAUAUGGUCGGCGAAGAAUGUGAAAAAAAUGGUGAUAAGAGAAAAAUAAGGCUAUCUAACCAUGACAUCUGGUGUGAGAGGACAUUAGUCCAUGCAGAUAUAUCAAAGAAUUACAUAAAAAAUGGGAAUAUGCAACAACAGUGCAAUAAAAGAUGAUUCUUGCUCAA